CCGCGAGCGGGCGCCUGGCAGGCCUCGGCCGCUCGCAGCCAGGCGGCCCGGAGCAGCACCGGCGCUGGGAUCUCGCCUGCCUCGCUCGGUUCGCUCGCCUGCUUGGCGGGAUGGCUGGCUACCUGCGGGUCGUACGCUCGCUCUGCAGAGUCUCCAGCUCCGGGCCGGCCUGGGCGCCGGCAGCCCCGACGGGCCCCAGCUUGCAGGAGCAGCCGCGGCGCCACUAUGCCGACAAGAGGAUCAAGGUGGCGAAGCCGGUGGUGGAGAUGGACGGCGAUGAGAUGACCCGGAUCAUCUGGCAGUUCAUCAAGGAGAAGCUCAUCCUACCCCACGUGGACGUCCAGCUCAAGUACUUCGACCUGGGGCUCCCACACCGUGACCAGACCAACGACCAGGUCACCAUAGACUCUGCAUUGGCCACCCAGAAGUACAGUGUGGCCGUCAAGUGUGCCACCAUCACCCCCGAUGAGGCCCGUGUGGAAGAGUUCAAGCUGAAGAAGAUGUGGAAGAGUCCCAACGGGACCAUCCGAAACAUCCUCGGGGGGACCGUCUUCCGGGAACCCAUCAUCUGCAAAAACAUCCCCCGCCUCGUCCCUGGCUGGACCAAGCCCAUCACCAUUGGCAGGCACGCCCACGGCGACCAGUACAAGGCCACGGACUUUGUGGUGGACCGGGCCGGCACGUUCAAGAUCGUCUUCUCCCCGAAGGACGGCAGUGGCGCGAAGGAGUGGGAGGUGUACAACUUCCCUGCCGGCGGCGUGGGGAUGGGCAUGUACAACACUGACGAGUCCAUCUCGGGUUUUGCACACAGCUGCUUCCAGUAUGCCAUCCAGAAGAAGUGGCCUCUGUACAUGAGCACCAAGAACACCAUCCUGAAAGCCUACGACGGGCGCUUCAAGGACAUCUUCCAGGAGAUCUUUGAGAAGCACUAUAAGACCGACUUUGACAAGAAUAAGAUCUGGUACGAGCACCGGCUCAUUGAUGACAUGGUGGCUCAGGUCCUCAAGUCUUCCGGUGGCUUCGUGUGGGCCUGCAAGAACUACGACGGAGAUGUGCAGUCGGACAUCCUGGCCCAGGGCUUUGGCUCCCUUGGCCUGAUGACGUCUGUGCUGGUCUGCCCGGAUGGGAAGACCAUCGAGGCUGAGGCUGCUCAUGGAACGGUCACUCGCCAUUAUCGGGAGCACCAGAAGGGCCGGCCCACCAGCACGAACCCCAUUGCCAGCAUCUUUGCCUGGACACGCGGCCUGGAGCACCGGGGGAAGCUGGACGGGAACCAGGACCUCAUCAGGUUUGCGCAGACCCUGGAGAAAGUGUGUGUCCAGACUGUGGAGAGCGGAGCCAUGACCAAGGACCUGGCAGGCUGCAUCCAUGGUCUCAGCAAGUGCGUGGCCUGUGGCACAGGGCGGGGCUGGCCUUCGAGGACCUCAGGGCCGGGUGGGAAGAAGCCAGAGGCUCCUUAGAGGCCCCUCUGGAAUCCGCUUCGCUGCCAAGGGCCUGAGUGUGAAGCUGAACGAGCACUUCCUGAACACCUCGGACUUCCUGGACACCAUCAAGAACAGCCUGGACAAGGCUCUGGGCCAGUAGUGGGGGCGGGAGCGCGGCCCGGCGGCUGUGGCGGGCGGGCCGGGCCGAGCAAAAGCCGCGGGCCGCGGGUGAGCCCCUUCUCAGGCCUUUCUAGGGGACAUUUUUUUAUAUAAGCAAGAUGUUUUUAAAAGUAUCUGUGUGUUUCCCCUCAUGGUGAUGUGAGGCAGGAACAGAGUGUUUUACCUCAGCCGGUCAGUGUGUUUUGCAUACUGUAAUUUAUAUUGCCCUUGGAACACAUGGUGCCAUAUUUAGCUACUAAAAAGUUCUUCACAAAA